AUAGGAUUUUCUCAACGGUCUUCAUAUCCAUGAUAUCUUCAAAAUUGGGUCUAAUAAUAAGAUAUUAUUUCCCAGUUCAGUACAAGCUUACUUAGCUAGUUCGUCAUGGCUACUGCCUCUAGAGAUGCAAGUCAUGAUCCCGCUGACUCGUCGGAGCGUACACCAGACCACGCAUUCAUCGAGGCAUCAGAGAUAGACACCGAUGCAUCUGAAUCGGCAUAUGGUGAUGAGACUGAAAGCUAUACGACAAGCCUGAAGUCCAGCAUUAGAAACUAUAGAUAUGAGAAUGGCCGUCGUUAUCAUGCAUUCCGAGACGAGGCUUAUUUCUUACCAAACGACGAGAUUGAAAGCGACCGCCUGGAUCUUUUCCAUGAAAUAUUAACCCGUCGAUGUGAUGGGGAGCUGUAUCUGGCUCCCCUCGGCCCUGAUCCGCAACGAAUUCUGGACUUGGGAACCGGCACUGGCAUUUGGGCUAUUGAUAUGGGAGAUAAGUUUCCAUCCGCAUCGGUCUUGGGAAAUGAUCUCAGUCCUAUUCAACCGACAAUAGUGCCUCCCAAUGUACGCUUUGAAGUGGAUGAUAUAGAGAAUGAUUGGGUAUAUGGUUCAAAGUUCGACUUUAUCCACGGCCGUUACCUUGCAGGCGCCGUCAAGGACUGGCCUAGAUUAAUGCGACAAGCCUUUAAAUUCACGAAGCCCGGUGGGUGGGUGGAAUUCCAAGAUUUUGAUAUGCGAUUCUACACCGUGAAGGGAGAGUUUACCCCCGGCUGUCCCUUGGACGAAUGGACGAAAAUUGUAAUCAACGGACUCAAAAAGGUAGGUGUUGAACCGGAGCCUGGACCAAAACUAGAAGGAUGGGUGAAAGAGGCUGGAUUUACAAACGUCCACCAUAAAUUGCUCCCUAUACCUGUAGGCGUAUGGCCGAAGGAUAAGAAACUUAAAGAGAUUGGUGCAUUGGAUUACCACCAAUUUCUUGAGGGUCUAGAAGGAAUAUCCAUGCACAUCUUCACAGCUUCAGAAGGAUGGAAACCUGAAGAAGUCCAGCUUUUCCUCAUGGGGCUGAGGAAAGAUCUCAAAAAUCCACGACUUCAAGCACAGCACAAUUUCCACGUCGUGUACGCCCAAAAGCCUCUAGAUGCGGAGUGAUGGAUGCAUUAACGAGUUUUAUAUACAUAUGGCUGACAUCUGAUAUCAGUUGGCAUGGGAUGGACAUUUAGAGAGGAAAAGUGAUUUAGAAUAUAUUAAUUUGUAACUAUGGACUAGGCGCAUAACAUUUUCGAGAUUGGUCUUUUUGCGUAUGGAGUCUACCUACCUAGAUAGGCAAGACACUGCAGAAUUAGGGCAGGAUCUCACC